AUUUUGACGGCUGACAUUUGGCGGCGUGGAAAGUUGAAAAAAUGUAUUUAUGUUAUUAAUCCGUAGCUUCCGGCUGUUUUCCACAUUGAUUAAUAAAUAUUCACCUCCAAUGAAUAAACUGCAUAAAUCUCCCGGCGCUGGCGAAAAGAAAGCAAUACAUGUCACACAACAUAAUUUCACAACUCAGGAAGAAAAUGUAAAAUUCCAAGCUUUACCAAGUCCAGUAAAAAGCUAUAGUGACAAAAAGGAAUACAGGGUAAUAAGAUUAGAAAAUAAUCUUACAGUUUGUUUGAUAUCUGACAAAAGUCCAAUAGAGGAAAUUUUCGAGGAUACAGAGACUGAAAGUGACUCAAGUUUUGUUACAUCUGAUGAGGAAUCAGAUUUGAGCGAUGGAUCAGAACAGUCAGAAGAACAUGGAGGACCUAAGGGUGAUAUUGAACAAAAAAUGGCAGCUGCAGGAUUGUGCAUAGGUGUUGGUAGUUUCAGUGAUCCAAAAGAUGUUCCUGGAAUGGCUCAUUUCUUAGAGCAUAUGGUUUUUAUGGGAAGUGAAAAAUUCCCAUCAGAAAAUGAUUUUGACUCUUUCAUAAAGAAAGGAGGUGGUAGUGAUAAUGCUUCCACAGAUGCAGAAACUACUUGCUUCUACUUUGAGUGCCUAGAAAAACAUUUGCAUGAAGCUUUGGACAAAUUUGCUCAGUUUUUCAUAGCUCCUUUAAUGAAAAGAGAGGCUAUGACUAGGGAAAGAGAAGCUAUUGAAUCAGAAUUUCAAAUGGCUCUGCCAUCGGACUCUUCAAGAAAAGAACAACUGCUUUGUAGUUUAUCUCAGGAAGACUCUCCUGUAAAUUCGUUCGCCUGGGGUAAUUUGGUCACCCUAAGGGACAGUAUUUCUGAUGACAAAUUGUAUGAAGGUGUGCACGAGUUUAGACGACGACAUUAUUCGGCGCAUCGCAUGACUUUGGCUGUACAGGCUAGGUUACCCAUGCAAACGUUAGAACAGUAUAUUGUGGAAUGUUUCUCCAACGUACCUAAUAACAAUCUACCGCCAGAAGACCUUAGUCAAUUUAGCACAAGUAUAUUUAAAACACCAUAUUUCACUAGGAUAUACUAUGUGAAACCUAUGAAAGAUCUCUGUCAGGUGGAUUUGACGUGGUGCUUACCGUCUUUCCGAGAUAAGUAUAAAAGUAAAGCUCACGAAUACAUUUCACAUUUAAUGGGAGAUGAAGGCAAUGAGAGCUUGCUUUCCUACUUGAGAAAUAGGGUAUGGGCUAUAUCUACAUCAAUAGGUAAUGGAGAGUCAGGAACUGAGUUGAAUUCGAUUUACUCACUUUACACGGUAUCCAUUGUGUUAACAGAAGAAGGCUUGAAACAGGUGGAUGAGGUUAUAGCUGCAGUAUUCUCCUACUUGAGCAUGCUGAAACAAAUUGGUCCUGAAGAGAGAGUAUUCAAUGAAAUGAAAUUAAUAGCAGAUACAGCUUUUCGUUUUGCUCGCGAAGAUCCUGCAGUUGAUACCGUUGAAGAUUUGUGCGAAAAUAUGCAAAUAUAUCCACCAGAGGAUUAUAUUACCGGUUCGGAGUUAUAUUAUGAAUAUGAUCCUGAGGGUAUUAAAGAAAUAAUGGAUUUGCUACAACCGAGUAGCAUGAACAUUAUGAUAGUAUCAAAAAAGUUGCCUAAAGAUAUAGUAUAUGAUCAGACUGAAAAAUGGUUUGGAACUCGAUACACAGAUAGAGAAGUACCUGCGAGCUGGAUAUCAAAAUGGGAAUCUGUCAAACCAUAUCCGGAGUUUAGUAUCCCACCUCCGAAUCCAUUCAUAACUACCGAUUUUUCCAUUUUGGAAAAAAAAGAAAACCAACCAGAAUAUCCUCAGCAAUUAUCUGAUAAUCCAUUGUAUGAAAUAUGGUAUAGGCAAGAUCAAAAAUUCGAGUUGCCGAUGGCUUAUUAUUAUCUUUAUCUUAUUAGUCCUCUAUCUGUCAAAUCUGCAAGAAGCAACGCCUUGUUGGAUAUGAUGAUAAAUUUUCUUGUGUAUUCUUUAACUGAAGUAGCUUAUCCUGCUGUUACGGCUGACUUAUCAUAUGCUAUAUCUAGCUAUGAAAAAGGACUUAUGAUUAAAGUGUAUGGAUACAAUCAGAAACUACCAGUUUUGUUGGAUCUUAUUUCAAGUAAAUUGAUUACGUUUGGUGAUGAAAUAUCCUUGGCAGUAUUUGAAGCAGUGAAAGAUAAAUUAAUCAAAAGCUAUCAUAAUAAAGCUAUAAAACCGUCUUCCUUAGCUAAAGACAUGCGAUUAAUUUUACUAGUAAAUAAUGUAUAUACAACGAUGGAAAAGCACAUGGAAUUGCAAACUGUUACAUUAGAUGAGUUGAAGGACUAUUGUAAAGAAUUUAUAAAAACUCUGUAUCUUAAGUCUCUAGUCCAGGGUAAUGUAACAGCACUAGAAGCCAGUGCUACUGUUAAAAAAUUCGUAGAUACAGUACACUUUACUGAGUUGCCUGCAGACAUCCGUCCAAAAUAUAAAGUUGUACAGAUACCGAAAGGAGAAAAGUGUUUCAGGAUAGAAAGCUUCAAUAAGCAAGAUACCAAUUCAAUCAUAACUAAUUAUUACCAAGCUGCUCCAUUUACGAUCAGGAGUAGUGUCAUAAUAGAAAUAAUUAUGUUAAUCAUCGAAGAGCCUCUCUUUGACGUCCUAAGAACUAAAGAACAGCUUGGCUACAACGUAUACUGCUCCUUGAGGGACACGUUUGGAGUUUUAGGCUAUACAAUAACUGUAAAUGCUCAAGCUACAAAGCAUACAACUAAUCAUGUAGACAAUAGAAUAGAGGAGUUCUUGAAGCAUACCGACAAGAUCCUGGAAAGCACACCAGAGAAAGAGCUGAAUCAAAUUAAAGAAGAUUUGAUAAAAACUAAACAAUGUGCGCAUACCGAUUUGAAAGAAGAAGUUGAUACGAAUUGGUCUGAAAUUAUUUCUGACGAUUACAUAUUUGACAGGUUGAAGCAAGAAAUUGCUGCUAUUAAGGAUGUGACCCUCAAAGAGGUGAGGCAAUGGUGGAAGACGCAUAAUAAGUUUGGAGAUAAAGAAAACUUCAGGAAAUUAACAGUGCAGGUUGUUGGACACAAUAAAUCAGAGAAAGACGUAAAAGAUGCUGAUGUGGACGUUUUAGGUAAUGAUAAAGAAGAUGCAGUCCUAGGUAGAAAGUUCAGAGUUACUGUAUUAGGAAAUGAGUCUUUGUGCAAGAAAGAGAAGAAGGAUAAAGAGUACUUUAUAAAAGAUGUGGAAGAUUUUAGAAGUGGUUUGGUCAUGUUUCCGUCUGUCGAGAAGCUACCAAAGUAGAUGUGAGUAUGCAAAUAGUUCAUUGCGCGCCUGCUGAAAAUCAGCAUGAAGUGAACGAUAGCUAGUCAAGAAACACACGUCACACUUCCAAGUUACGUAAUACCCCUGCAGGAGGGCCUAUGGUUGAUGACGUCGCCCCCUGCACCGCGGGUCCUUGACUCACCUGUUAGAAUAUAAGCUGGUGAAAUUAAGUUUGCACGUUUAAUAGGCAAACAUCUCGAACACGAGUCAUGUGAAAUGAACUUUGCAAAGUUUAUUCGGCAAACAGAACACGAGUCGCCCAUGUUGUUGAACGCAUUUAAGGAUAUAGUCUGGAGAAACCAACUUUGCAAGUUUAUUUGGCAAACACCUUGAAGAUAAGUAGUCGCUGUCCACACGUUUGCAUAUGCCUAAUAAACUUGCAAAGUUUAUUUAACUAGUCUUUUCAUUAAUCCUGUUUAUAGACCUUAUCGAAAAUCAGAA